AUGGGCUCUUACCGGGAGCGCGAUGUUUUCGACGACUCCGACGUGUCGUCUGAACACGACACGGAUACGAUGACAAAUAUACAUACAACAAAUAUAGUGGUUGCGUUUGCCGCUGUGGAAGGGAUAUUUUUCUCCGGGGCCUUCGCAGCAAUUUUCUGGUUGAGGAAAAGAGGGCUCAUGCCGGGGCUGACUUUCUCUAAUGAGCUGAUCAGUAGAGACGAGGGUCUGCAUGCCGACUUUGCCUGUCUUAUGGUCAGCUAUCUGAUCAAUAAGCCUAGUGAGGAGCGCAUUCACCAGAUUAUCGACGAUGCUGUUAAGAUUGAGCAAGAGUUCCUGACGGAAGCUCUUCCCGUGAGGCUGAUUGGGAUGAAUCAAGACCUGAUGAAACAGUACAUCGAGUUUGUCGCAGAUAGGCUGCUGGGGGAACUCAUGUGCAGUAAGCUUUACAACAGCGAGAACCCCUUUGACUUCAUGGAGAACAUUUCUCUGGAGGGAAAGACCAACUUCUUUGAGAAGAGGGUUGGGGAGUACCAGAAGAUGGGGGUGAUGUCCUCCUCUGAACAGCAGAAGUUCACGCUGGAUGCUGACUUUUGAAAGUACAGAAUAAAAGAACGG